AUGGGUGUCACCGGGCUCUGGACUGUCUUGCAGCCCUGCGCGCGGCCCAUCAAGAUUGAGACCCUGAACAAGCGGCGCAUUGCCGUUGAUGCGUCGAUCUGGAUCUACCAGUUCCUCAAAGCCGUGCGCGACAAGGAGGGCAACGCGUUGCGCAACAGUCAUAUCGUCGGUUUCUUUCGCCGAAUAUGCAAGCUCCUCUUUAUCGGCAUUAAGCCAGUCUUUGUGUUCGAUGGCGGCGCACCGGCGCUCAAACGACAGACCAUUAACCAUCGCAAGUCGCGCCGCGAGGGCAAACGAGACGAUGCAGUCCGAACUGCAGGGAAGCUACUCGCGAUACAAAUGCAGAGGGCUGCAGAAGAUGAGGAGCGCAAGAGGAAGGAGGUAGUGAAACAUCCGCGCGAGGAGCAAGAAGAGGAGCUGCCGGAGAAUCUAGUCUAUGCAGAAGAGAUUCUGCAGACGCAGCAGGAGCGUAAGCAAAACAGGCAAUUUAAGAAGAAGGAUCAAUACCAUCUGCCUGAUUUGGGCGUGCCGAUGUCAGAGCUGGGCGCUGAUGACCCUAGAAUCAUGUCGCUCGAAGAGCUUGAGGACUACGCGAGGCAAUUCGACCGAGGCGAGGAUAUCAACGUUUACGACUUCUCCAAGAUCGACUUCGAUGGCAUCUUCUUCCAAAGUUUACCCGCCGUAGACCGCUACAAUAUCCUGAAUGCAGCUAGAUUGAGGAGCAGGCUGAGAAUGGGGUACUCCAAGGAUCAGCUCGAUGCUAUGUUUCCCGACAGAAUGGCUUUUUCAAAGUUUCAAAUCGAGCGAGUUCGCGAGCGGAGCAAUCUGACGCAACGGCUCAUGAAUCUCAAUGGCAUGAACGACGACACAACCUUCGGCGCAAAUCGAAUCGCUGGCGACAAGGACAGGGAAUACGUCUUGGUGAAAAACGAAGGUGUUGAGGGAGGGUGGGCGCUUGGUGUCGUGACGAAUAAAGAUGAGGGCAAGGCGCACAAGCCCAUCGAUGUUGAUCUUCCUUCGCGUGCCGCGAAAAUCGAAGAAGAUUGGGAAGAUGAGGAAGAAUUUGAAGACGUGCCUAUUGAAGGGUUGAACAGGCUACCGAAGGGUCCUAGUCGCGAAACUGUCGAGGGUCGCGAGUUCAUCUCGAACGAGUUGCGCAAGCGGCGUCAGAACUUCUACAAAUCGAGGAAGGACAGGCAUACACAGUCUCAGCUCCGUAGAGCUGCACCCGUGAGAGAAGAGUCGGACUCGCUGUUCUUGGCAGAGGGCAACGAAGAAGAGCAAUGGGAGAACGUGCUGGCAGAUGGCGAAGAUGAUCUAUUCGAAGCGCCUGGUGACAAUGCUGAAGACGAACAGCUGCAACAGGCGAUUGCGCUGUCGAUGCAGCAACAUGGCGAGGAAGAAAUGGAGGAAGGGCCAGAAGAACGUCCAGCACUCGAAGAGUACCAACAGAAGCGGGUCGACGAAUCAAACCCAUUUAAGGCUGCAAAAGGAUACAGAGGCCUGGCUAUUGGGAGGCUGGCAAACCAGCGCGCCAAUAGGCUUGCGCCGAAGGGACCUUUCGAAGGCAGCGACAGCGAGGGAGACGACAUGGAUCUGCAGGCUGCUCUCACCGAGUCUCGCCAGUCCAAACGAUCUACGAAGCAGCAACAACCAGCUGCCCCGCCUGCGAAGACGAAUGCAUCUUCGAGGACAGCACAGUCAAAUGAUACGGCAAUUAGAUCACAUGGCUUCGACGGGCCGCUGCCGUUCGAGAAGCUGAAUCUAGGGUCGUCGCUAUUGGGCAAGAAGAAGAUGGACAAGAUCGAGCAAGACACCGGAGGCGGUUUCGAGAAAAACACUGCAGAGAAAAGGGAGUCUGUUCCGCUACCACCUUGGUUUAAGGGCGAACGUGACAUUGGGAAAGAGCUAGAUAAGUACCGCAACGAGGAGAAGCGAGUAUGGGAAGAAGACCGUAAAGAAGACGAGCAAUUCCAGUUCCAGCAACUACCUCGCCUGCGAAAGCACAGAACGGGUGAGGUCAUCGAUCUGGAGGCAGACUCAAGCCACAAUCAGAAGAAGCAAGUCGUUGCUCCAGACUCCCAGGGUGAAGACGAUUUGGAGAUGGAAGAUGUACCUAUUAACAACAGCCAGUCAGAAAAGCUAGUCGAGGACGGCCAGCUUAGGAUGGGUGACUUGCAAGACAAAGCCCGCGCAGAGCCGCCCAAAUCCCUGCCUGCUGAUCGAAGAGUACCCCCUGCACAAGACCCCAAGCUCAUCAAGUCAACACCGUUUGCAGAUAACUCUGACGAAGAGCCAUUCGACUGGUCAGAAAGCGAGCCUGAGGAUGAAAGACAACCUUUGCAAAAGGCGCAACCUACUGCUACGGAGGAAGAUCCUUCGUUGUCAAGAUCGCCUUCACCCGAGUUUGAAGACGUUCCCAUGAUCACCGAAUUUGCGCCUGCCCCGGCUGUGGAAGCGCCGAAGUCACCUUCUCCCGAGUUUGAAGAUGACGUUCCGAUCCCUGCACUCACUCGUAGACAUCGUCGCGAGCCGUCUCCUGAUAUGCUACAAGGCCCGGAUGAUCUUGAGAUACCUGUUGUUCCGCACAGCGGGCUUGCCGAUGACAACGCCCCUCUCGAUCUGCCCGGCAAUGACUCGGACCAAUACUCAGACCCUGAGGAUGAAGAUCUGUUCGCAUCCCUGGCUGCCGAAGCCGAAGAGCACAACCGCUUUGCGCAGGAGAUCAACACUGCCGCAGCCCGUGUCGACUUCGAGACCGAGCUCAAGCAACUCCGUGCUCAGCAGAAGAAAGACCGCAGGGAUGCUGAUGAGGUCACUCAGACCAUGAUCUCUGAAUGUCAGCAUCUGCUGUCACUCUUCGGUCUCCCCUAUGUCACCGCACCCAUGGAAGCUGAAGCACAGUGCGCCGAGCUGGUGCACCUUGGUCUUGUCGAUGGCAUCGUGACCGACGAUUCUGAUACUUUCCUCUUCGGCGGGACGCGCGUCUACAAGAACAUGUUCAAUGCUGCCAAGUUCGUCGAAUGCUACAUUGCCAAUGACCUCACUUCAGAGUUCAGCCUAACCCGCGAAAAGCUCAUCGCCAUCGCCCAGCUUUUAGGUUCGGACUACACCACCGGCAUUCCAGGCAUUGGUCCCGUCACUGCGCUCGAAAUCAUCUCCGAGUUCCCUAACCUAGAAGACUUCAGAGACUGGUGGAACGGCGUACAAAAUAACACGAUUCCCAAAGAAGCCGACGCUCCGAACGCGUUCCGCCGUCGCUUCCGCAAGAGUCAGGCUACAAAGUUGUUCCUACCCCCCGGCUUCCCUGACCCACGUGUCGCUGAUGCAUACCUCAAUCCGGAAGUCGACUCUGACCCACAGCCCUUCCAAUGGGGUGUACCUGACCUUGCUGCCCUGCGCGCCUUCCUCAGCGCCCAGAUAGGCUGGAGCAGCGAGCGUACUGACGAGGUGCUUGUACCUGUCAUCAAGGAUAUGAAUCGCAGAGAGAAAGAAGGCACGCAGGCCAAUAUCACACGGUUUUUCGAAGGCGGGGUCGGUGCAGGCGCGUUCGCACCACGUGUCAGAGGCAGCGCAGAUGGUAAUGGGCCGAGUGGGAAGAAGAGAGGCAAGGCUGCGGCGGGGAAGAGACUCGGUGCUGCGUUGUGGAGGUUGGCUGAACGAGAAGGCGCGAGAGGUGGUGCAGACGACGAGGGCAAUGAAGAAGCAGAGCAAGCUUUGGGUGCUGCUGAGGGUGAUAUCGAGCCAGCACGGACCAAAAAGGCGAGUCAGACGAAGAGGAAAGCCCCUGUAUCGCUGGCUGCUAUGGAGGAAGAGCCUGAAGAUGAGGAGGAGGACGAUGGGGAUGCCGCAUUUGUGGAGCCGAGGAAGAAGAGAGCGAAAAGGACUAGGAAGGCCAGGGCCUGA